AUGACAGAAGCUACAGAGAUUUCGGAAACAACACCAAGAACAACCCCAAGGGAAAGAAGUUCAGAUUCUGACUCGAUAGACCCAUUGGACUCUGAUAGUGUCCAAUUUUACGAUGCUCAAGAUGGAUUAGAAACUGAUGGAGUGUAUGCAACCGCUAUUCAAAACGUUCAAUCUCAAAGGUCAAAAACAGAACAUCGACAUGAUAAUAUACCAAAAAUAACAACUCCUGAAAGUGAUGAAAAUGGAGAAAAACACGAAGAUCAACACGACACACAAUCAUUGACCGUUAAACAAAGAUAUCAGGAAUAUUUCAAAGUGAUCCCCAAAUUCUUUUUUGUCUAUCUUCAAGUUUUCUGUAUAUUUUUAGGGUUUUUAUCGAUGUAUUGGGGGUCAAUAUAUCAUCGUGACCAACGUUACCGGAAUGUUGGUUAUUUGGUGGUCAAUGAAGAUUCACAAUUUACAGUGCCCAAUGGGUCAGGUACAUCGACAUCAUCGUCAACAAUCCAACCGUAUUUGGGUAAUGCCAUCAUCAAUAUGUUGUCGCAUAACAAAACCAUUGAAAAUCUUGGAGAUUUUGAUAUUGUAAACUUGACCGAUUUUACCCAAUUAGCUGAGAAGCACAAUAACACCCUAUUAGAAGAAGCUGAACGACAAGUGCAUCAUCAAAAAUACUGGGGUGCCAUAUAUAUUGCUCCAAAUAGUACCCGAAACAUUUAUCAAGGGUUUCUGACAGGUAAUGGGUCAUAUAUGAGUAAUGUGAAUCAAUCAAUAUCUGUUAUUUAUGAAACAGGACGUCAUUUUUCAGCUUUAAGUCAAUAUCUUAUUCGGAAUUUGAAUCUUGUUAGUGAAGCAUGGAUUCGUGAUUAUGCUUCAUCUCAAGUGUAUCAACCAAUUUUAAGUCAAUUGAAUUCCACACAACGGCAAUUUUUAUUAACUAAUAAUCAAACAAUUGCCAUUUUCACAACAUUACCAACAUUUAAUUUUAUUGAUCAAAGACCAUCACCCAGCCCUGCAGUUUUAGGACCUUCUGAAAUCCAAUUGAUCUAUUGUUUAAUCAUAUCCUUCUACAGUUACAAUUUUUCCAAAGACAUUUAUGCCUAUAUGAGAAAGAAGAUUAAGUAUCGAUCUUAUUUAUUCUAUAAAUUUUUGAUAUCUCAGUUGCAUGCAUUUGUAUUAGCAUUGGUUUAUUCCUUAAUGGCGAUUGCUUUCCAAGUACCCACAAACGUAGCCUUUGGGAAAUCAGGUUUUUUAGUGCUUUGGAUGUUUGUUUUCUUAUAUAUGAGUGCUACAGGAGUGAUUAAUGAAGUUGUAGUGCUGAUCAUAUUAACAUUUGGGAAACAACAAUUAAUUGCUCCUUGGAUGGUGUUUAAUAUUGUCGCCAAUGUUUCAACAACCUUUGCCCCAUUCGUUUUAACACCAGGAUUUUUCCGAUUUGGAUAUGCCAUGCCAAUGUAUAAUGCUUAUGAAGCAGUGAAAAUUGUAUUUUUUGAUACUUGGAAAGGCCAUUUAGGACGAAACCUUGGAGUUUUGAUAAUUUGGAUAGUCGUUGGAAACGUGUCGCUAUUAUUUGUCAGUGAUUGGUCCACCCAAAGGGCUAAAAAAAUAGCUUUGGCAGAGAAGCAAAAGAAGAAGGAAGAAGAACAAGUAGACAACUAG